GGCACCAAGUUGAUAAACAACAGUGCCUGUGUCUCAUGAUUAAUGAUCAUACCUAUCUCGUGACUGCUGAGCUUACAUAAAUAGUACAAACACUUGAAAGCACUGUUGUUGUUUCUUUAUCACACUUUAGAGACCCUGCAGGUGAACAAGAAUGUUGACCCGAAUACUUUUUCUGGCUUUAUUUGGACUGGUUUCGGCCAGGACCAUCAUUCCCCCCACUAUCCACCCGCUCUCCCAGAAGAUGAUUGACUACAUCAAUCUGAUUAACACCACAUGGAAGGCCGGCAAGAAUUUCGAAGGUGUCUCUAUGAAGUACAUUAAAGGAUUGAUGGGUGUUCAUCCUGACAACGAUCGUUAUAAACUCCCAGAAAUUCAUCACAACUACCUAGGCAAGAUUCCAACGAGUUUUGACUCUAGACAACAAUGGCCAAACUGUCCAUCGAUCGGAGAAAUACGUGAUCAAGGAUCAUGUGGAUCAUGCUGGGCUUUUGGAGCUGUGGAAGCAAUGUCUGAUCGUUACUGUGUCGCUUCUGGAGGCAAAGUGAAGGUUGAGGUUUCAGCAGAAGAUCUACUGUCGUGUUGUUGGACUUGUGGCAUGGGAUGUAACGGAGGUUUUCCUGGAGCAGCUUGGAGUUAUUGGGUCCACGAAGGUAUCGUUUCAGGAGGUCUGUAUGGUAGUAAUGUAGGGUGCCAACCAUAUCUAAUCAGGCCUUGCGAACAUCACAUCAACGGAUCUCGCCCUCCUUGUGAUGAGUCUCAGAAUACUCCAAAGUGUGUGUCCAUGUGUGAAAAAGGAUACAACUCAACCUAUUCUGCUGACAAGCAUUAUGGAAAGUCGUCUUACUCAGUAUCAUCCAGUAUUAAUCAAAUCCAGACCGAAAUAAUGAAGAAUGGGCCGGUAGAGGGCUCCUUCACAGUAUACUCUGAUUUUAUCAACUAUAAGUCUGGAGUCUACCAGCACCAUACCAGUGAAGUUCUCGGAAUGCACGCUAUCCGAAUCCUCGGUUGGGGAGUUGAGAACGAUACGCCUUAUUGGCUUGUAGCAAAUUCUUGGAACACUGACUGGGGUGAUAAAGGAUAUUUCAAGAUUUUAAGAGGAAAAGACGAGUGUGGAAUUGAAAGCCAGAUCUCUGCAGGACUUCCUAAGAUCUAAAGAUGAGUCCAGUGUAUAAUUCUCUGAAACACUAAGAAAAUGCUAAUAAUAUUUUUCUUUCAUAAUUUUCAUUCUAUUGCAUAAAAUGAGAUUAUUUUA